AGAAACAGAAGUGAAGCGGAAGUUUUUUUCAGAGCUGAUGGCGCGAAUGUCUGGAAUAUGGCUUCACUGUCAUAGAUUUUCAAAAUAAAUAAGCUCAGCUAAUGAAUGAUCCUGCGGUCUAAUACAAGAGAUGUUUCUAUGUGUGUCUGUGCAGAAGUGAUAGAAACUAAGUUGAAAUGAGAUCAAACUCUUUUAGUAAUUAGUUUUAAUCCUCGAAAUCACCGCGCAGUAGCGCGAGAUUCUGUCUCGCGAUUAUAUGCCACCAUGUCAAAAGUCAACAAGGAGGCAUACAUUGUGAAAUUUAUUGAACACAAUGGACAGAAGAGUGAUCUGGCUCUCCGGGCCUAUAAGGCAAUAGUGGAACUGCAGUCUGAGAAAUAUGUGCAGACGCUGGAUGAGGAAGCCGCACUAGAGCUGGACCACAAUGACAAGUCCCUGUUUGUUUUCAGUGACUUCACCAGCACUGCCUUUGAUCACUUCAGGAGGCUGGGAUGCAGGAUCGUGAGUCCUCUCGUAGUGCUGUUUUGUCUGCAGAAGCAGAGAUGUGUGCCCAAAGCAGAGCAGCCCGUGUACAACAUGGCCAUGGCUGAUGUCACGGUCUCCUGCACCAACCUUGACAAAGAGGCACGGAGUGAAGUGAUGGAUCUUAUCCAGCUGAUGGGUGGACGGGUCUACCGUGAUCUCAAUGUGUCUGUUACUCACCUGGUGGCAGGUGAAGUGGGGAGUAAGAAAUACCUGGUGGCUGCAAGCCUUGGGAAGCCCAUUUUUUUGCCCAGCUGGGUGAAAGCAUGCUGGGAAAAGUCUCAGGAUAGUGUUUUCCAUCACUCUGAACUGAAUGCGGAGGACUAUCAGUGUCCAGUCCUGAAAGGCUGUACGGUGUGUGUGACUGGACUCUCUACUGUGGAGCGUAAAGAGGUUCAGAGGUUGUGUGAGCAGAAUGGAGGCACCUACACGGGGCAGCUCAAGAUGAAUGAGUGUACUCACCUUAUUGUCAGUGAACCCACAGGUCAGAAAUAUGAGUUUGCCCGUAAAUGGAACGUAUAUUGUGUGUCCAUGCACUGGCUGUUUGACAGCAUCGAGAAGGGCUUCUGUCAGGAUGAGGGCAGGUAUGCCGUGGAGCGUGGAAAGAAGAGAGCGGAGGAGAAUCCAGGCAGACCCAACACCUCCACUCCAACAGGACCCAACAGGAGCAAAGAGGAAGGUCCCUCACUUCUGGGAUUGAGCCAUAUUUCCAAUAUCAGUAUGAAUGUCAAUGAAACAGCCCUCACCACAGCAGGAAUCAGCCACAUAGAGACUCCUGAUCCAGUUGACUCGUUUGACAUUACUGUUUGUCGAGUUGAUGACCUGUUGGAUGGCUUUAAGUUAUAUCUAUGUGGCUUAUCAGGAAAGAAACUGGAGAAACUGCGGCGGAUGGUGAACUCUGCCGGAGGGCUGCGCUUCAACCAGCCCAGCCAAGAGCUGACACAUAUAGUGAUGGGUGAACCAGACCAAGGGGUCAAAGUAUUCCUUGACAAAGCCACUCACAGACCCCAUAUAGUGACCGUGCAGUGGUUACUGGACAGUUUCUCCCAUGGUUCCUUGCUCCCAGAGGAUGGCUACUUUCACCCCUCCUUUCUGCCCCCUGCCCCAGCCGCUGUUGAUAUGCCUGCUCCUCACAAAGCUGCCCCCCGUGCCUCCAGACCCUCUGUAGCUCCCCCUCCUGCCCCUAGUCCAGGCCGACAAGCCAGAGCAGAGGAAGACCUGCUAUCACAGUACAUGGAGAAUGAUCAGACUGUGGUGGAGCUGCCUCAGGCCACUAAUAGUACCAGCAGCAGGCAGAGCUUUUUGCUUCCAGAGCCUCCACCUGCAGUGAAGGACUCAACCUUGGUUGAAACCUCAGAGGGCCUUUUUGCAGGGAAGCGUUUUAUCUUGGUUGGUUUUGGAGCUGAGGCUGAAGCGCAGCUCUCAGAGCUAGUCAUGGAAAACUCUGGGAAGAUCUUGGUCGGCCGCUCGAGAGCUGUGGCGCAUUAUGCCAUCGUGCCACUGUUGGGCUGUGAUGUGGAGGCUACAGUAGAUGAGGUCGCGACAGAUACCUGGCUGGCCAUGUGUGUGGAGCAGCAGUGUGUUUUGCCACUACCUUCUCAUCCUCUGUUCACUCCAGUAGCAGUGAGAGACGGCUUCUCUCCUCUGAAAGGCUGUGUGCUGUCUGUCAGUCAGUUCACUGGAGCUGAGCGAGAGUCUCUUAUUCAGCUUGCCAAACACCUGGGGGCAAGUGUUCAGGAUUACUUUGUGCGGACUGCUAAUCAAAGAAAAGGAAUGCUGGCCAGCACUCAUUUGGUACUCCAGACUCCUGAGGGCACAAAGUACCAGGCUGCUCAGAAAUGGGGUCUACCUGCAGUCGCAAUCCGCUGGGUUUUAGAGUCUGCCAGAACAGGGAAGCGUGCUGAUGAAGGACGAUACCUGGUUGACCUGCCUCCCUCACCAGAGCGAACUGAGGACAGUUUUAUCGGAGCAUCUCAGAAAGACCCGCCACCACUGCGCCUCCUUCAGCGCUCUCCAGAGCUACCACUACUAGGUCCACAAAAUAGUGCUGCCAUCACCCCUCUGGACACGGCUCGCUUUCAGAGCCGCACUGUCCGCUCAGCAGUCAGGAAGUUGAGACAGGGAGAGGAGGAGCAGGUGGAUGUUGCCACCCCAGGACAGGAGGAGGCCAAAGGAGCCCUGCAGAAAGACUCUUCCCUCCAACUAGACACUCCCUCUCGGUUCCUGAGCAGAGACAAACUCUUCGGACCCUCCUUUAACACAAAGGAUGUGUUUGACCAUUUGCAGACUCCUGGUAAUAAUCCUCAGCAAGGUCAGGGGGCUGAGACUCCUCUGUCAGAGGUCAUUGAGAGGAACCUUAAAGCUGCAGUUGCCAACAGCAAUCGCAGUCAUGUCACAAGCCUCGCAGCCAUGACUGCCAGUCCACAACUGGGAAAAGAGCCUGAACCUGAGGUGGAGCAGAAGGCUGCAGCUCCUCUUAGUGGGGUGGUGGUGUGUGUAAGCAAGAAAUUAAGCAAGAAACAGAGUGAACUCAAUGCAGUGGCCGCCUCACUAGGCGCAGACUUCAGGUGGUCGUGUGAUGACUCUGUGACUCACUACAUCUACCAGGGUAAAGUGGGAGACAACAGUAAAGAAUACAAAGCUGUCAAAGAGAGAGGACUACAUAUAGUGUCACAACACUGGCUACAGGCUUGUGCAGAUGAGCAGAAGCAUGUGUCUGAGUCACUCUACCCUUUUACAUUCAACCCCAAAAUGAGCCUCACCAUGAGUCAGGUGGCAGAUAGCACUCAGAGGUCACCUCCUCCUCCCACCCCCCGCACCAGACUCAGGGCAUUUACAGAGAAUGAGGAAACCAGGCUUAGUCCUGUUGACAGCAUCACGGACAUCUCAACCCCUCAGCGUGUCAGUGUGGGAGAGCCUGAGAAAGAUCAGACCAUCAGCACUGAAAGAAAUCUCACAGAAACACUUGAGAUGAGAGAGAGUCUUCAAAGGCAACUUCAAGAGAUCAUGUCUGCUACUAAACUGACCAGCGGUCGUCGAGGCUCCUCGCGGUUGGCCAGAACAGGCUCUGGGGGACUAGACUCACCCCACACCCCGGACAGCCUGGGGCGAAUAGGAAGACGCAGCCGUACUUUAGAGGCCCUACGAAUGUCACGUCAAGUAGCUGUGGACCUGAACACAGAGCCGUCUCAGAGUGAGCAAAUCGUGUGGGAUGACCCCACAGCACGAGAGGAGAGAGCUAAACUGGCUGAUAACCUGCAGUGGCCUGGUAGCCCCUCCCAGCACUCUGAAACCCUCGCCAUCGUCCCACCGCCCCCCUCUGACCACACAGCCAGGGACUCCAUGACUGACUCUGAACUUGUGGAAAUGGCUGCAUUUGAAGUCAUUGAUGCACAGCUGAAGCCAAAGGUGACCCCACCUCCAGCCGACACGCUACAGAACCCUGAAACACCUGAAGCACCUACUCUUGCAUUCCCCACCUCUAAACCUGUAGUUCCUUCCCUUCCACAGAUUGAAGAAAAAGAGGAGGUCAAGGAUCCUCCACGAUUCUUGCUGUCUUCAUUGAACCCACAGGAACGCAUCGACUACAGUCAUCUCAUAGAAGAGCUAGGUGGAGUUGUGCUGGAGAAGCAGAGUUUUGAUCCCAGCUGCACUCAUGUGAUUGUUGGUUAUCCUCUGAGGAAUGAGAAGUAUCUGGCAGCAAUGGCAGCAGGCAAGUGGAUUCUUCACCGCUCAUAUUUGGAGGCCUGUCGUGCAGAAGGACACUUCAUAGAGGAGGAGCAGUACGAGUGGGGCAGCAGCUCCAUCCUGGACGCUCUGCCAUCCAUCAACUCUCAGCAGAAGAGACUGGCACUGGCAGCCAUGCGAUGGAGGAAAACACUACAAGGCAGCUCAAACAAGGAGGGUGCAUUCGGCGGCUGGACUGUGAUGCUGAAUAUUGACCAGGCCAGAGAGGCUGGAUUCAGACGGCUGCUGCAGUCCGGGGGAGCCGAGGUGUUGCCAGACCCUUCUCCUUCGCUGUUUAAAGAGACAACUCACCUCUUUGUGGAUUUUAGUCGGUUAAAACCAGGUGACGUCAGAGUGGAUGUCAGUGAAGCUGCAGCUCAAGGGGUCAAAUGUCUAAAACCAGAGUACAUUGCUGAUUACCUCAUGCAGGAGCCUUCUCCUUCAAUGGAUGCUUACUAUCUUCCUGGUGCAGCUACGGAUGAUCUAGAAAAAGUUCAAGAUACAUCUUCACGCAAACGGAAAGCCUCUGGGGAAAUGUCCACAUUGAAGAAGAGUCGUUUCCUGUUUGACCCCCGGUGUAAUGCCUCCUUACGAAAGACAUCAGAAUCAUGUGUCCACAGCAACCGUUCCGUUUCUAAUGGCAACAAGUGCACAGAUUUCUUUUGAUGCUGCUGCUGUCUGACUGAAGUAUGCAUGGAAUCCCUUGAUGCCUGUCGCACACAUUCACUUUGUGCCAUAACUGGAUUUGCUUGAGAAGUCUGGUGGCCUAUAUGGGCAUGUAAAUGAUUUACCCUGGUCAUGGCUAAGCCUGCCACCAGC